CUCUCUCUCUCUCUCUCACACACACGCGCGCGCGCGUUCGCGCGCACACACUUGUGUGGGUAAAGCAAGUCUCGAACGCUUCUAACGGACGAAACAGGACUACUAACACAGUAAAAGCGUUUCGCGGGGGAAAAACAAACAAAACAGAACAAAUGCAGGUAGGUGCGAGGAGCGAAGAUGGACUUGGGAUGGAUCUGACCUUCUAGUACUUGAAUUAUGUUUGCAUCCGUUUUGCGUGGACACAUUGCUGAAUAACAGGCGAGAAACUGAUAGAGCGGAGUGAGGAGCGAGGGGCAGCGCGUGCGGCCGUGACUAUGGGACAGGGAUAGAAGGCGCGCGCGUCGUCGUUUGUGCUGCGUUCGAGAAGAGUUGUGCAGUUGUGUGAGCCAUGGCAGCGGCGAUCGCGAGCGGCUUGAUCCGGCAAAAGCGGCAGGCGCGGGAGCAGCAUUUAGACCGACCCUCCACUAACCGGAGGAGGAAGAGCCCGAGCAAGAACAAAGGUCUCUGCAACGGCAACCUCGUCGACAUCUUCGCCAAAGUACGAAUUUUCGGCCUCAGGAAGCGCAGACUACGACGUCAAGAUCCCCAGCUCAAGGGUAUAGUAACCAGGUUAUAUUGCAGGCAGGGAUACUACUUGCAAAUGAACGCAGAUGGAUCUCUUGAUGGGACCAAGGAUGACAGCAGUAAUUCCUCGUUGUUCAAUCUCAUCCCUGUGGGUCUCCGAGUUGUUGCUAUUCAGUCCGUGAAGACAGGGUUAUACAUCGCCAUGAAUGGAGAAGGCCAUCUGUAUACAUCAGAACUCUUUACAGCCGAAUGCAAGUUCAAAGAGUCAGUGUUUGAGAACUACUAUGUGAUCUACUCGUCCAUGUUAUACAGGCAGCAGGAGUCAGGGAGAGCCUGGUUUCUGGGUCUCAAUAAAGAGGGCCAGGCAAUGAAGGGCAAUCGAGUGAAGAAAACCAAACCAGCUGCUCACUUCCUGCCCAAGCCAUUAGAAGUUGCAAUGUACCGAGAGCCAUCAUUGCACGAUGUGGGAGAGACCCUACCCAAAGCCGCUGCGCCUCCUGCUAAAAGCACAAGCGAGCCAGCCGUGAUGAACGGAGGCAAGCCCGUCAGCAAGGAGGCUAGCAAGCCCAGCACAUAGCCCAGCCUCGGCUCAGAGAGAGAAAGAUGCUCUCCCUCUCUCUUGUACGGAUCUGGUCCAGACGAGCCCCUCUCCUCCUCUCCUCCUUUUUCUGCUCUCCUCUGACUUUCUCCAUCCACUUGGCAAAUCGAUUGCAGAAGCGUGGCCAAGCGUAGCGACGAGGAGGAUUCGACUGGAUGAAUCAGCUCAACCCGCACCACGGAAUGCCCUAGCAGAUAUGGAAUGCCUUUACCACCCCCCACCCCCCGCCCGUUCCCCCGCCUGCACAUACAAUAACACGACCCAUUUUUCUGUGACUGUGACAAUCCAUGAGAACGAAGAGUGGAACCGCGGCCGUGGGUGCGCUGAGCAGCGGCCGUCUUUGUCCCGCUGAUGGUCACACGUGACUACUUUUUUCGAGCCCUGUAACAGAAGCUACGUCUAAUUCAGAUCUAUUUUCUAUACACAGUGAACACCAGCUACGCUCUGGGGAAGUAAACUACUGACUGACUUGCAAGCAAACAGGACUGUUGUCCUCAAAUUUUUUAUAGAGUUUCUUCCUGUGUCUCCUGCUCCGUCUUGCUUUUUCUCUCUCUUUUGAUUUCUCUUUCAUUGGUCAAACUCGCACUCUUUUCUCUUUGUCCAGUGCUAGAGAAAACCUUUGCAGGGGCUACUUGUGAUUUUUCUAACAACCCUAACAUCUGUCUAUGUGAACACAUCCAGUAUACCUACCUACCCAUCCGAAACACACCAUACGAGCACCAUUUGUGUAGGACUGAGGUUGCUGGUCACGGCUCGCUCGCCGGCAGGACUGGAGUCACCACCGAGCCUAUAGAUAUGCGAGUUAGCUUAGGCUCAGCACGGUUUCUCUUUCUUGAUUGAGCGUAUAGAAAGAGACACUGGAAGCUGAUUAUUCACUUACAGUAGAUGAUCUUACCCACAAGUCCAUGAAUCCAUGUUGCCCUCCCGCAGUCAGAGCAUGGACCUGAAUUCACGGAGGUGCCUGAUACAUAGAUGUGUUCACAUAGCUCAUAUCUUCACCAAGCCGACAUAUAGAGGAAGCCAAAUUCUAUUUUUCUUUACUGAUAGCUUAGAGCACACGCUCUAGGAACAUGUAUAGGCCUUGUAGGCCUCAGGUCAAGGCACUCCCCUCAUGCUGAACUGUCAGCCAAUCCUGGUGUUCACUUAAUGGGCUUUUUUUUGUUCCCCAAAAGCAUGGGCAAGGUUAGUAUUGUGUUCUAUUCAUGACGUAUGAUGCAAAUCAAGAAAUGGCUUCACUGUAUGAAAUUUCUUUUUUUAAAAAGCUUUAACAAUAGACGAUUAAUGACUAGCAAUCAUAAUUAAAUAAGAAGAGUUUUUUUUUGGUUUGAUUCUUUUUACUAGCUCAGCAUGCAGAGUCCAGUACUGCUCAUAUUGGCCUAUUGUGUGCCUGUGAUGACCUCUAACCCAGCAUGCAAAAACAUGUACCCAGUCUGUGCUGGGUUAAAGGUGCCUCAUGCCCCCCCCCCCC